AGUGUGUCCAAUAAUCUAGAGCAAUAAAUUGUUCAUCGUCUGAAUCAGUAACAUUUUUCUACCAAAAUUUCCACCAAUCAUAAUCCACAUUUAUUUCUCCUCCAAAUAUUAAAAAAAAAAAUCAGUACCGUAUUUUAGUACAGAUUUUUGCCCUUCUCAAAGUAUAUAAAAUUGAACAGACGGCACCGUCUUCGUCUCUCUUUUUUUUUCCUCGCUCUCUCACACGGAAGCCAUGACUAGCUCCUCCGCUCAUUCACGCAAGGCUUUAAGCAAGAUCGCAUGUAAUAGACUCCAGAAAGAGUUAGUGGAGUGGCAAGUUAAUCCACCUGCCGGAUUUAAGCACAAAGUAACUGAUAAUCUCCAAAGAUGGAUAAUCGAAGUCAACGGAGCCCCUGGAACGAUUUAUGCGAAUGAAACUUAUCAGCUUCAAGUUGAUUUUCCUGAGCAUUACCCUAUGGAGGCACCCCAGGUGAUUUUCAUCCCUCCGGCUCCUCUACAUCCUCACAUUUAUAGCAAUGGACAUAUUUGUUUAGAUAUUCUGUAUGAUAGCUGGUCCCCGGCUAUGACUGUCAGUUCCAUUUGUAUCAGCAUCCUCUCCAUGUUAUCAAGCGCAACUGUGAAGCAACGGCCAACUGAUAAUGAUCGAUACGUUAAGAACUGUCGGAAUGGGAGAUCUCCCAAGGAGACGAGAUGGUGGUUCCAUGAUGAUAAAGUGUAAUAUUUUAGAACUGUUAUCUAUCUCUUAUAACUGCGAGGGUUUCAUCAGGAGAGAUGGGAAAAGGAUGGCCCUCCCUAAAUGCUGUGGUAACCUUCUAAAUUUGCCUUUGUUGCUGUGUAUGAAAUUGUGAAUCAAACAUAGAUUUAAUUUGAAUGUGGCUGCCUCCUUCAAGCAGCGGAGUAGGAAAUCCAAUAUAAACCUGUUUCCUAAUCAUGUUAGGACACCCAUUUGUCAAAUCAUGGUAGGGUGCAUGGGAGGACCGUCAACGUAAUAACGUUAUUGCAUGUUGAUGAUGAAGUAAUUGAAUGUACGGCUAACUCAUGCUGUUGAUAAUAUCUAUGGAGAGUUAAAGCCUGCAGCAUAACUGCAUGAAACUCGAUUUUGUGUUAAA